GGUGCAGAACCCAGAGAAGUCCACGCCCAGCCAUGGGGAGCCGCGUUUCUCGAGAAGAUUUUGAGUGGGUCGACACGGAUGAACCGCAUGCGCAGAGGAGACGAGAGAUCCUGGCAAAAUAUCCAGAGAUAAAAUCCUUGAUGAAACCUGACCCCAACCUCAUCUGGAUCAUAACUCUGAUGGUUCUCGUGCAGCUGGCUUCAUUUUACUUAGUGAAAGACCUGCACUGGAAAUGGGUGAUAUUUUGGUCCUAUGUCUUUGGUAGCUCCAUUGACCACUCAAUGUCUCUGGGGAUCCAUGAGAUUUCCCAUAAUUUCCCAUUUGGCCACCACAGGGCGCUGUGGAACCGCUGGUUUGGAAUAUUUGCUAAUCUCCCUUUGGGAGUUCCAUACUCGAUUUCCUUUAAGAGAUACCACAUGGAUCACCAUCGAUGCCUCGGAGUUGGUGGCCUUGAUGUGGGCAUUCCUACCAACUUUGAGGGCUGGUUCUUCUGCACCACUUUCAGGAAGCUGGCCUGGGUUAUCUUUCAGCCCCUCUUUGUGAUUUUCCGACCUCUAUUUAUCAACCCGAAACCAAUUACUUAUCUGGAAAUCAUCAAUGCUGUGGCUCAGAUCACUUUUGACAUUAUAGUUUACUAUGUUUGGGGAAUUAAGUCUUUAGUCUACAUGUUGGCAGCCUCCCUGCUUGGCAUGGGUUUGAACCCAAUUUCUGGGCAGUUUAUAGCCGACCAUUGCAUGUUCCUACAGGGACAUGAAACAAAUUCAUAUUAUGGGCCUCUGAAUUUACUGACCUUCAAUGUUGGCUACCAUAAUGAACACCAUGACUUCCCGAACGUUCCUGGGAAAAACCUGCCCCUGGUGAGAAAAAUAGCAGCUGAAUACUAUGACAAACUUCCCCAUCACGACUCCUGGAUCAAAGUACUGUAUGAUUUUGUGAUGGAUGACACACUCAGUCCCUACUCCAGGGUGAAGAGGCUUCAGUGAGGAAAAUAGCUUUUGGAGUAACACUAUCAGAGCCAAAGCAAAUUCUGCAAAGAUUCGAAAUAGCGAGAAUGUGGAUUUUUUCCUUAUUAAAAAAAGAUCAGUGAUGCUCAGAAGCUGCCCCAGAAGAAUUUUCUCUCCAUAACAUCAAGAAGCUGUUCUGGUUCCCUGUCAGUCUGACUCUGUCACAGAGCUCAACUGUGUGGUUGUCCAGUUAUCAUCCCUGAGACA